AUGGCGGACGACUUUGACGCGGAGCUGCCACCGCGUAAGAAGCCCAAGAUAUCGGAGCUACCACUGUCGUCGGCCCAGCGAUCCUCGAUAGAUGGCAUGCUGCAUACUUUCAAGAAGAAGGGCGAAUUCGACGCGUUGCGCAAGAAGGCAUUUCAGCAAUACAAUGAGAGUGCGCAGCGCGGCAUGUUCGAGGCAUCCUUACGCACAUUCGCGAGCAAUGAGAUCGAGCGCGACUCCCUUAAAUAUCUGCGGCCGGAUCGACGUAUCGCGGAGCCGCUCCUCGAAGGUGCUGCAGCACGUGCAGAUAUGUACAGCAAGACUGAGCAGGACAUCAACGCCUACAUCGACCAAUACGUCGCCAAUGCUGAACAGAAGCUGCGCGAGAUUAGGCGCCAGGAGAUUGGAGCUGAAGCAGCAGAAGCUGAGAUGCGCAACGGUAGCAAGAGUGAGGACGCGUAUGCAGCAGAGGCGGAACAACGCCGCCAGCAGCGCGCUCGACAGCACGUCGAAGACGAGAAGAAGCGCAAGAAACUGGAAGCGCAAGAACGCAAGAAGAAGCAGCUUGAAGAGCUGAAGAAGAAGCAGGCAGCGUUGCAGAAAGAGACCGAGCGACUCCAGCGCGAACAGAAGCGACGCUCCGAGCGGGAAGCCUGGAAAGCAGCCGAGAAGGAACGCGAGCGAGAGCGGAUCAAGAAGUACAAUGAAGAACGGGAGAAGGCCAAGAAAGAAGCAGAAGAACGGGAUAAAGCAUUGCAAGAAGAGAGAGAAAGGAGGCAGAUGGAAAGGGACGAGCGUGAGGCGAAGCGUUUGGAAGCGGAAGCUUUGGAACAGUUGCUCCGAGAAGGCCAGGAGAUGACGGACAAAUCACGACGCCCAGAGCUUGAGAGAAGCGAGAGCAUGGAACCCCCAGCCAGACUUAAGCAUCAAUCUGCACCGCGAACAAGUCACGGCAAGGACCAGAUGCGCGCACAAGGCUUGAUGCCUACUUCACUCACCCUUAGGAAAGGUGAUAAAGUAGACCCAGCCAUUCCCACUGGACCAGCUUCUAUGCAGACUUCUGCGACACCUGUGGAUUCGAAUUCUCGAACCAGACAACGAGCACGUUCUCCAUCUCCAGCCCGCUCCACUUACAGCAGCCGAAGACGCGACCCAUCUCCCCGCCGCGGUGACCGACGAGAGUCUCUAUACCGCGACGCUAGCGGUGAGCGGGAAACAUGGAGAUCUCGUCAACGCCCCGGCGAACGUGAGCGGUCCGAUCGUCCGCGCUCGAGAGAACGUGAGAGGGAACGGGAACGGUCUCUACGCAGAGAUCAACGACGUGACCGAUCGCGGGAACGGCCUACUGCGUCUGGUCGCGGCGAAGAAGGCGAAGUGGUCGAACGGGCGGCUCGUAGUAGGAGUCGAGACUCGUAUCGGCCCCGCAUUCGUGAUGACCGCGAUAGUCGGAGUCCACCGCGCAAAAGCUACCGGGAUCGCACGCGGUCUCGCUCACCAGCACGACGCAGAGAGCGUUCUCGAAGAAGAGAGCGAAGCCGAAGUCCGCCCGGUAUCGAUCGUUACGUACCUGGCGGUGGCGCUGCGGGCGGCGGAGGAGCCAGCAGGAGAGGCCGCGAGGACGAAGGAUCUCCAGCUCCGCCACGUACACGACGCGGGAGAGAGGACGAAUCGCCACCGCGUGCACGCCGCCCUCGCGAGGAUGACGAGGGCAGUCGCGACAGGACGAGGGACAGGAGUCGCGACAGGCGGCCUCGCUACGAGGACCGCGACAGACCAAGCCGGCGAGAGGAAUCGGACCGCUACCUCCCCGGAGCAAGCAGCAGCACGCGCGUGGGCGAUGACGAGCGUGACCGCGAGAGGAACUCGCGACGCGAGCGAAGUCGCAGUCGUCAACGCGGCGGCGGCGGCGGCGGCGGCGGCGGUCGAGGUCGUGGAUUGGGACCGGGAGAUAGGUACUCACCGCCACGGCGUCGUGACUCACGGAGUCGAGAUCGCGACCGGGAGAGGCAUCGGGAGCGCAGUCCUGCGAGAGAGCGCGAGCGCGAGAGAGAUCGCGAUCGAGACAGGGAUGAUGGCAGAGGCAGCACGACGGUGGGGGAGCGCGAUAGGAGAAUGA